AUGGCGCCUACCAUCACCGUUCGCCUUGCUCGCGGCCUGUGGACGCAUCCGACGAAACUGGGGAUCGCUCUCCGCACGAUGGGAGAGUGCGCCGACUGGGCGGAGAGGGUGUUCGCGGGGACGAACGCAGACGUCGAUAGUUACAUUUGCCGGUCGGGAUACCACAUCUCGAAGAAAGAUAGAAGGAAGAGGAGGGAUAGAAGGAAGAGGCAGGCCGUCAAGCCUCACUUGACGGUAAAAUUGACUGUCAACGGGCGUAUGUACAUCGGUAAGCCUUCUCAUACACCGUCUGGGCUCCGCGAUUCCGACCCGCCCUCGCGUCUCACCAAGGAACGAUAUUUCCUGCUUCUAAAACUACGCCGUCGCGUUUCAAUGUCCACAGUUGUUGUCGUGUUUUCGUCAUACGUCUAG